AUGGCAUCCGUUGCCGUUAUCGCAGACUCGAUAUCAGCACUAUCAAAGUCUAUAAACCAAGUCUUCUCAGAAGCCGAAAAAUCAACUAGCGAUAAACUAGAACGCGCCCAGAACGUUGCCCAAGAUGCAAGGAACGAACGGGACGAUGCAUUGAAGGCUCUUCAUGCAGCGGAACUUGAGACACAGGAGUGGAAACAAAAAGUCAAGCAGGCAGAAAUGACUAUCACUUAUCAAAAUGAGACGGUCAGCCAACUACGACGCGAGGCCGCACAGUGGAAGGAUCAGUCGCGAAACUGGCAAGAACAUUUUCUUCGUGUCGAACAGGAGCGGUGUACUUUGUCCUCACGGCUUGAUGAGCUAGUAUCAGAACGACUUUUGCCUGCUCCAGUGGCACCUUUAACGCCCAUCUCUCGGUAUGCCGACCAUUCAGGAUCGCCCGUCGAGCAAACAAGUUCUGCUUCAGUGAAGAACAUCACCUUGUUGCCACUCAGUCCUCCCGAAGGUGACCCUCCGACUCCUCGAAAUGCGACUACGAAAGCACGAAAACCGCCCUCGACACACGCGAAACCUACCAUAAAGUCAAAGCCCCCGAUUACCGUCUUGAAGACAUCCACGACUCCAAAUCCAUUCACAGAACCAUCAACAUCCAAACGAACUGGUGCACGCACUCCCGUAAGGACGGAAACUCAGCAGCCCCGUUCGAAAGUAAUAAGACGAGUGAGGGCCGUCUUUCAUGUCAAGCAGGAAGAUGACUCAGGUGAGGAUGACCAGGAGGAGGAAGACGACGAGUUGUCCGAACAAGAAGACGCGUCUUACCGACCUCCCCGACGUCCCUCCUUGCGAGCUGUGAAGGAUGAUGACAGCGAUCUCUUUGGUGGAGAUGAGGAAGACGAUGAGGAGGAAGAUGAACUGAUGAUUGGACCUGAUGACAAUGACGAUCUAGACAAACUGCCAUCCCACAAGCGGCCACCUCCAACACCCGCCCCACCUGCGUCUCCUCCUAAAAAACGUAGGAUUUCGACUGCAACCGCUCGACCGAAGGCGACGGGAAAGAAGUCAUGA